AUGUGCGCCGCCGAGGUGGACUGCCACGUCGCCCGCAGAUACCUGCUCAAGCGGAGGCUCGGGAAGGGGGCCUACGGCAUUGUGUGGAAGGCAGUGGAUCGGAGGACUGGUGAGGUCGUGGCCAUCAAGAAAAUCUUUGAUGCCUUCAGGGAUAAGACGGAUGCCCAGAGAACGUUCCGGGAAAUCAUGCUCCUCCAGGAGUUUGGGGACCAUCCCAACAUCAUCCGCCUCCUUGAUGUGAUCCGGGCAGAGAAUGACAAGGACAUUUACCUGGUGUUUGAGUCUAUGGACACUGACCUCAACGCUGUCAUCCGAAAGGGUGGACUGCUGCAGGAUGUCCACAAGCGCUACAUCUUCUACCAGCUCCUGCAGGCCACCAAGUUCAUCCACUCAGGGCACGUCAUCCAUCGGGACCAGAAGCCGUCCAAUGUUCUCCUGGAUGCCAGCUGCUUGGUGAAGCUCUGCGACUUUGGCCUGGCCCGCUCCCUGAGCAACCUCCCUGAGGGACCUGAGGGCCAGGCACUGACAGAGUACGUGGCCACACGCUGGUACCGAGCUCCAGAGGUGCUACUGUCCUCGCGCUGGUACACCCCCAGGGUGGACAUGUGGAGUCUGGGCUGUAUCCUGGGGGAGAUGCUGCGAGGGAGGCCCCUGUUCCCGGGCACGUCCACACUUCACCAGCUGGAGCUGAUCCUGGAGACCAUCCCUCUGCCAUCCGAGGAGGACCUACUGGCCCUCGGCUCAGGCUACAGCGCCUCCAUUCUGCAUCGCCUGGGGUCCCAGCCAAAGCAGACGCUGGACGCCCUCCUGCCACCAGACACUCCCCCAGAGGCCCUGGACCUCCUCAGGCGACUCCUGGUGUUUGCCCCGGACAAGCGGCUUAGCGCGGCACAGGCACUGCAGCACCCCUACGUGCGGAGGUUCCACGGCCCCGACCGCGAGUGGACGCGGGAGGCAGAUGUGCGGCUCCCGGUGCAUGAAGGAGUCCAGCUCUCUGCACCCGAGUAUCGCAGCCUCCUCUACCAGAUGAUCCUGGAGCGCAGGGCCACCAGCCGCGUCCCAAGAGAGGAGGGCCUGGAGGGCGCCCCCCAGGGGACAGAGCCCAGAGCCUUUCAGCCCCGGGUGCACCCACUCAAAACCAGAGCUGUCCCCCAGCUCCCCUCGGGGACACCUGCGUGGAACCCCGGACCAAGGCCUCAGCGUGGCCCUGGACACGACCCAGAGCAGGACUCUGAGCAUGGUAACUCUGCCUCCCCGCUCCAACCUCUGCCCCCAGGGAGGCGGGAAAGGCCCCCUGGGGCGACGGUGGAGUUCCCCCUGGCACGCUCAUGGGUACACCCAACCGGGAGAGGGGCGGUGCCCUCCUUGACCUCACAGGUGGAUGCCCAGGUGGCCCACCAGGCCCUGAUCCGCGGUGGCCGUAACCGGGACAGUGGGGUGAAGGCUGCCGGAGCACGACGGGCUCCUGCCCAGCUUCCCCGGGACGCCCAGCCCAAGCCCCGGCCAGGCCGGAGGAUGUUCAGCACCUCAGUCUCGCAGGGGGCCCUGGGGGCCACCAGGGCUGCACUGGGGGGCUACUCCCAAGCCUAUGGUACCAUCUGCCACUCGGCACUGGGCCACCUGCCCCUGCUCCCAGGACCCUGA